UCGCGAAUAGUUUCACGCCUACCGAGUACUACGUGACCGAGCCGUGCGUGAACGUUACCCUAACCCAGAUUGGUGGUUUUAAAUAGAACAAGACAAGAUGCCGGCUGUCAGAGGAGAUGGUAUGCGUGGACUGGCUGUAUUCAUUUCUGAUAUUAGAAAUUGUAAAAGCAAAGAAGCAGAAAUUAAGAGAAUAAAUAAAGAGUUGGCAAAUAUUCGUAGUAAAUUCAAAGGAGAUAAGACACUUGAUGGUUAUCAAAAAAAGAAAUAUGUUUGCAAGCUCCUUUUUAUUUUCUUGCUUGGUCAUGACAUUGACUUUGGACAUAUGGAAGCCGUUAAUCUACUUUCAUCUAACAAAUAUUCAGAGAAACAGAUUGGCUACCUGUUCAUAUCAGUCUUAGUAAAUACAAAUAGUGAUCUCAUUAAAUUGAUAAUUCAGAGUAUAAAGAAUGAUCUUGCAUCACGAAAUCCAAUUCAUGUAAAUCUUGCAUUACAAUGUAUUGCUAAUAUUGGCAGUAAAGAAAUGGCAGAGGCUUUUGGUAAUGAAAUACCAAAAUUACUCGUAUCUGGAGAUACAAUGGACGUUGUAAAACAAAGUGCAGCACUAUGUUUAUUACGGCUAUUGCGUACCGCGCCAGAUGUUGUACCUGGUGGAGAGUGGACUUCACGUAUUGUCCAUCUUUUAAACGAUCAACAUCUUGGUGUUGUUACUGCUGCUGCAUCUUUAAUAGAUGCACUUGUAAAAAGAAAUUCAUAUGAGUACAAAGGAUGUGUCAGCUUAGCUGUUUCAAGAUUGAGCAGGAUUGUGACAUCGAGCUAUACAGACCUACAGGAUUAUACAUAUUAUUUUGUGCCAGCACCAUGGCUCUCUGUUAAACUUUUACGGUUAUUACAGAAUUACACCCCACCUGCUGAAGAUCCAGGAGUAAAAGGUAGAUUAAAUGAAUGUUUAGAAACUAUAUUAAAUAAAGCUCAAGAACCACCAAAAUCAAAAAAGGUGCAACACUCCAAUGCAAAAAAUGCUGUAUUAUUUGAAGCCAUUAGUUUAAUUAUCCAUAAUGACAGUGAACUGCCUUUAUCAGUCAGAGCAUGCAAUCAACUUGGACAAUUUCUAUCCAAUCGUGAAACUAACCUUCGUUACUUAGCACUUGAAUCCAUGUGCCAUCUUGCUACAUCAGAGCUUUCACAUGAAGCUGUAAAGAAGCAUCAAGAAGUUGUUAUUCUUUCAAUGAAGAUGGAAAAGGAUGUGUCUGUUAGACAACAGGCUGUUGAUCUUUUGUAUGCUAUGUGUGAUAAAAGCAAUGCAGAAGAAAUAGUACAAGAAAUGUUAAACUACCUCGAAACUGCUGAUUAUUCUAUUCGAGAAGAAAUGGUUCUUAAAGUAGCAAUUUUAGCCGAAAAGUAUGCUACCGAUUACACUUGGUAUGUGGACGUCAUUUUAAAUCUUAUUAGGAUAGCUGGUGAUUAUGUUUCGGAAGAAGUAUGGUACAGAGUUAUCCAAAUAGUUAUCAAUAGAGAUGACGUACAAGGAUACGCAGCAAAAACUGUUUUCGAGGCCUUACAAGCACCAGCUUGCCACGAAAAUAUGGUUAAAGUUGGUGGUUACAUACUUGGAGAGUUUGGAAAUCUCAUUGCUGGCGACCAGCGUUCUUCUCCAGCUGUUCAAUUUCAAUUAUUACAUUCCAAAUAUCACUUAUGUUCUCCAAUGACCCGGGCAUUGUUACUUUCAACUUAUAUCAAAUUUGUUAAUCUCUUUCCUGAAAUGAGAAGUCAAAUUCAAGACAUUUUUAGACAACAUAGCAACUUACGCAGCGCAGAUGCAGAGCUACAACAAAGAGCUUCAGAGUAUCUUCAGUUGAGCAUUAUUGCUUCUAGUGAUGUUCUGGCUACAGUAUUAGAAGAAAUGCCAGCAUUUCCAGAAAGAGAAUCUUCUAUCCUCGCUGUUUUGAAAAGGAAGAAACCAGGUCGAGUGCCUGAAAAUGAAAUCAGAGAAAGUAAAAGUCCUGCACCAAAUACUAAUCAUCAUGUAGAAGCACCUAUCCCUGCAGCAGGAGCUGUUAAUAACACGUCGGCAGAUCUGUUAAGUCUUUCUACACCUCCAUCUUCUCAACCAACUAGCAAUACGGGAGUUUUACUCGACGUACUAGGUGAUAUCUAUAAUAUGCCAAACAAAGUCGCUACUAAUGGUGCCCAGAACACAUAUAACCCCAAAAAAUUCGUGUGUAAGAAUAAUGGUGUUUUGUUUGAAAAUGACUUAAUUCAAAUUGGAGUAAAAUCGGAGUUUAGGCAGAACUUGGGACGUGUUGGACUUUUUUACGGAAAUAAAACUCAGUAUGCUCUUCAUAGCUUUCAACCUCAGUUAUCUUGGUCCGAGGAAAGCCAACAAAAAUUAGCUGUACAAGUAAAGCCAGUCGAUCCUGUACUAGAAGCUGGUGCUCAAAUACAACAAAUGAUCAAUGCAGAAUGUAUUGACGACUACAGCGAUGCACCGAGUAUGAUUAUCUCCUUUAUUUGUAACAAUGUGCCACAAAAAAUAACGAUGAAGUUACCAUUAACAAUCAACAAAUUCUUCGAACCUACAGAAAUGAAUGGAGAAUCAUUCUUUGCCCGGUGGAAAAAUCUUGGAGGAGCAAAUCAACAACGUUCACAGAAGAUUUUUAAAGCACAACAGCCGAUGGAUCUUGCGCAAGUUCGCACGAAAUUGCAAGGAUUUGGAAUGCAAUUACUUGACGGUAUCGAUCCGAAUCCCGAUAAUUUUGUUUGCGCGGGAAUAGUACAUAUGAGGGCACAACAAGUAGGGUGUUUGUUACGUUUAGAACCUAAUAAACAAGCGCAGAUGUUUCGUUUGACAGUACGUUCGAGUAAGGAAUCGAUGUCAGUAGAGAUCUGCGACCUGCUGGUGGACCAAUUUUAAACGGCCUAGCAGGCGUGAAACUAAUUUAAGAUAUAUUCAGACGCCGUGGGAAGACAUAUCGUGAUCACCGAAGAAUGUCGUCUCUCGACGUUCAAAAAGAUACUGAUGAUUAUUUGUUAAGAGAUAUUCGUUGUACCCAAGCUUACA